UUCCCUCCGCCACAUGACAACUGAUUUCUUCUUCGCCACAGCCACCGCCGUCUGAUCCGUGUCUCUUUUCUGCUCUUCACAUUAGCUUUAAACUGCAUUUCCACAGUCAUGCAUUCAGUGAAGAAUAUGUAUGUCUUUCUCUUGUUUGUUGUGGCUACGACCUUCGCCUCUGCUGAUAAGAUGACAGCAGCCACAUUGUACUGGGACCCCCAACACAAGACCGUCCUGCUGAAGGAGGGGGUGCUGGAGACGAACGGAGAUGCAUACGGGUACCUGAACGACACCCUGUCCAGUACCGGGUGGAGCGUCCUAGAGAUCCGUGCCGGGUACGGACAAACCCCUGAAACUGAUGAGAUCACUUUCUUCCUGGCCGGCUACCUCGAAGGCUUCCUCACUGCCCAGCAGAUGAUGGACCACUACACCAACAUGUUUCCGCAGCUGAUCCACGACCCAAAGAUCCUUGGCCCCGUUCAGAGUUUCAUGGCGAAGCAGGACUCGUGGACCAGAGAGCAGGUGAAACUGAACAAGAGCUCUGAUCCUCUGUGGAAACACACAGGCUUCAUCGUGGCCCAGAUGGACGGGCUGCAAGCAGGAGUCGCAGACUGGGCCAAGAAAAAAGGGAAAAAGCCGCUGUCCCUGUUUGACGUCCAGUUCCUGAAUGCAGUGGGAGACCUGCUGGAUCUGAUCCCAGCCUUGGUCCCCGACUCCAGCCCUCGGCUCAGAGACUUCAAGCUUCCAGGGAUGGGGCACUGCUCUGCACUCAUCAAGAUGCUGCCUGGCUUUGAGAACCUGCUGUUUGCCCACUCCAGCUGGUACACGUACGCCGCCACAAUGCGGAUCUACAAGCAUUGGGAUUUCCGUGUCGCCGAGCCCCACACGGCCACCGGGAAACUGUCCUUCAGCAGCUACCCUGGUUUCCUGGUGUCUCUGGACGACUUCUACCUCUUGGGCAGUGGUCUGAUGAUGACCCAGACCACCAACAACGUCUUCAACUCCUCUCUUUUUGACAGCAUGACCCCCAGCAGCCUGCUGGCGUGGCAGAGGGUCAGGCUGGCUCACAGUUUGGCACAUACAGGAGAGGAGUGGGCCAAAACCUUCUCCAAGUACAACUCUGGUACAUACAACAACCAGUACAUGGUGUUGGACAGGAGCAAGGUGAAGCUGGGCCACAGCGUCGAAAACGGCGCUCUGACUGUGGUGGAGCAGAUCCCCGGGCUGGUGGAGUACUCCGAUCAGACACAGGCUCUGCGCAGAGGUUACUGGCCGUCCUACAACGUUCCCUUCCACCAGAAGAUCUACAUGCUGAGUGGUUACGGGCAAAUGUGGGAGGAGUACGGGGAGGACUUCUCCUAUGAUCUCUGUCCCAGAGCCAAGAUCUUCCGCCGUGACCAGGCUGCAGUCAAGGACCUGGACUCAUUGAAGCACAUCAUGAGGUCCAAUGACUACAAGACGGAUCCAUACUCCAAGGAUGACCCCUGCAAGUCCAUCUGCUGCCGUGGCGACCUGAGGGCGGAGAGGGCGUCACCAUCAGGUUGCUAUGACACCAAGGUGACAGAUUUCCUCAUGGCUGGGGACUUCCGUGCGGAGGCGGUGAACGGGCCGACGACACAGGACGGACUCCCGCCGUUCGUUUGGGAUAAAUUCAGCAGCGUCAGCCACCAGGGUCUGCCGCAGUUCUACAACUUCACCUUCGUCAAGAUGAAGCCCCUUCUCUUCGAGCCGUGAGGCGUUCGUGUGUUUGCGUGAGUGAGACGGAGGGAGACGCCUUCAGACCGAAGCUUCAUGAAUGAUGAGAGUCAAAGGUACAAUCAGGAUGAGUUUUAUCUUCACUGCUGCUGAAAGUUUGCAGUCGCGUCCCACCGACAUGCUUUCUUCUUAAAGUCUUUUCUUCCACCUGAUAAAACGCACAUUGUCAAACUGCCAAUCAGAUUUUAAAUCUGCAUUUUAACACCUAUACGUCUCAGGGUAUGUUGGAUUGGAAUACAGUAGAAAUUGGACGUGUUUUUGUUUUUUGUUUUUUUGUACCCGCAGCCAUUUGUGCCUGGAACACUCUGAUUUUAUAAAAUGCAGAAUCAAUGCACUAAAUCAGCCGUCUUUAAUCCUGUAUUUAAAUGCUUUAAUGUCUUCAUAUAUGUAAACACUACCGUCUCAGUGGUAAAUGAAUCAGUGCCAUGUCGCACUCAGGGCUGUUGAUCUCUGGUGCUGUGCUCUGCUGUGCAUCUAUUCCUCAAACUGUGCAGAGUAAGAAUCUCUCAGGUUUGUAUUUGUGUAUAAGCCUCCGUUUCUUAUGUAAUGUGAUGCGUAGCGCUGCUUUUCUGCAUCACGCCGCCUUCUCAUGUGUUAUCUGUUUAUUAAAGUUUUAACAGUUGUA